ACUUCUAUUUCCUCGUGCUGCCUGGAGGAGCUCGCGCGUCUUACCACAGGGAUCGUCCCACCUCUGGCGGACUUUGAGAUAAUCUACAGUUCCAUUAGCUCUCAGUGAAAACCAGAAUUGUUUUUAUUCUCUUUUAUUAUUAUUAUUCUUUUUUAUUGCAUCGCAAGUUUUCGUGCGGAACAGAGCGCCGUUUCAGUGUUUGGUUCACGRGCGCCGGUGUUCAUGUGUUUUAUGUGUUUGCGCUCAACAGUGAGGUAGACUGAAUUCCAACCCCCCCUCCUCCCGUGUCGGCUUGUGACUGAGUCCGUGGAUGCGACUGUCGGGGGUCGGUGUCUGAGCCCUGCAGGACCCACCUGUCAUAGGGCAUCAUGGUUUCUGUCGUUCUUCUCAAGCGGAGGAGGACUAUCUCCUGUCAGAUGCUGCUGCUGCUGCUGCAGAUGUUGGGUUUGUUACCCGAAACGCGAGCGGCUCCUUCUCUGACUACCGAGCAGCUGGACACUGGGGUGGACUGGCUGAGUAAGUUUGGCUACCUCCCGCCCCCCGACCCGGUCACCGGCCAGCUGCAGACCAAGGAAGCUCUGACCAAGGCCAUCAAAGCCAUGCAGAAGUUUGGAGGGUUGAGGGAAACCGGAAUCCUGGACCAAGCCACGCUCGUUCUAAUGAAAACACCCAGAUGCUCUCUGCCAGAUGUCUCCGACGCCGAUGUGACGAUGGGGCGCAGGAAACGAAGCCUGAACCCGCCAAACAAAUGGAAUAAGAGGCAUCUCUCCUGGAGAGUGAGGACCUUCCCCAAGGAUUCAGCCUUGCUGGGCAGGGACACGGUCCGAGCCCUCAUGUACUACGCCCUGAAGGUCUGGAGCGACAUCGCGCCCCUGAACUUCCACGAGGUGGCCGGAAACGACGCCGACAUUCAGAUCGACUUCACUAAAGCRGACCACAACGACGGAUACCCCUUCGAUGGGCCAGGGGGCACGGUUGCUCAUGCGUUUUUCCCUGGUGAGAGGUUCACAGCUGGAGAUACACACUUCGAUGAUGAUGAGGCCUGGACCUUCAGGUCACCAGACUCCCAUGGGAUGGAUCUGUUUGCAGUCGCGGUCCAUGAAUUCGGCCACGCCAUCGGCCUGGUCCACACCUCAGCCAUGGAGUCCAUCAUGAGACCGUACUACCAAGGUCCUGUGGGAGACCCUCUGAAAUACGAUCUGCCCUAUGAGGACAAAGUCCGUGUCUGGCAGCUCUAUGGUGUCAGAGACUCUGUGUCACACACAAAUCAGCCAGGCAAUCCAUCCCAGACACCUGAGCCUCCCGUCCUGCUGGACCUUCCUGAAAACAGAUCCACACUCCUGGUGGCGCAAGAUGCUCCAGACAGAUGCACGAGUCACUUUGAUGCAGUGGCCCAAAUACGAGGGGAGGCUUUCUUUUUUAAAGGGAAGUACUUUUGGAGACUAACGAGAGAAAAGCACCUGGUAUCUCUUCGUCCUGCUCAGAUCCAUCGCUUCUGGAGGGGUCUUCCUCCCAAUCUGGACAGCGUGGAUGCUGUGUACGAGAGGCCAGGAGAUCACAAAAUAGUAUUUUUCAAAGGUCAGAAGUACUGGAUAUUCAAAGACAAUAAUGUGGAGGAGGGUUACCCUCGUCCCAUCAGRGACUUUGGCCUACCAGUGGAAGGAGUGGAUGCAGCUUUUGUUUGGCUACACAACGACAAAACCUACUUCUUCAAAGAUAAUCAGUACUGGCGCUACGACGACCACUUUCGACGUAUGGACUUAGGUUUCCCUAAAGACAGUGUGGUUUGGAAAGGACUGCCCGUACAACUGGAUGAUGCCAUGAGAUGGUCUGAUGGCUCGUCCUAUUUCUUCAAAGGGAAGGAGUACUGGCGAGUGCCGGGAAGCGACAUGGAGGUGGAGGCAGGCUACCCCCGCCUCAUCGCGAAGGACUGGCUGCUCUGCACCGAGAUGCAGUCGGACGCUCCAGACUCUGAGACCAAAAGCACGGAGACGAGAGUCAACGUGCACCCGGACCACGCCAAGAACGAAUUUGAGGUGUGCUCCUGCACCUCUGACACCGCCUCGCCUUUAGGCUCCCACCUCUCCCCGCCUCCCACCUGGCUGCUGCCGCCCCUCUGGACGCUGUUGCUGACCCUCUGCUCCGAACUGCUAUGAUGCUGAAGCAUGGGGACUAAGUUUUCAUGUUGGGAGCAGGAGAAGUUAAUGAAGGGCCACUUGAUGCUCAGCCAAAACAAGCUGGAAGAGUUUGUUUAUAUGAAUCCUUUUUUUUCCUCUAAUGUUCAUCUUUUUAAACUAAUGCAUUAUUUAUUUCACAUCAUUUAUGAUCAUUUAAAGAUCCUUUCAGGUUAGAUUCAA